AUGAUAAUUUACUUUAAACUCGAUGGAGGGUUCGCCAUUUUCUCUCUCAACGAAUGUGCGGCCGAAACAGUAACUUUUCCGGCGAAAGUGAUUUUGACUCCGGCGUGCGGCGGCUUUCACAGUGUCGAUGCCGGAGCUCUUGGUUUUACGCUCUGUCUCUUAGAUUCGUCUUCGUCUGUGGCUGUGGAGGUGGUGGAUUCGCUGGCGUUUGGUCUAGUUUGGUGGAGCUCGCGUAUCUCAAUCGUUGUUGUCUCAGAUCUGGAUUUUGUCUUGACCUGA